AUGGAUUCCUUUGGAGACGAUGUCCCAGAGGCUGCCUCGGCCACGGCUGCCUCAGUCGCAGGCUCAGCCCCAGUGCAAGAGGAUGUGGCAGCAGGUGUCCUUUCGGGCAUCGGCCCUAAUGCCGAAUCUGCCGGUCAAAUUGCUCGUGAUAAGGGUUGGACUGACCCAGUCCCCUUUGCGUACUCGGAGUUGACGAGCAAGGAGCACCGCGACUGGGCUGGUGUUGCCGCUCGCUACGAAUGGGAUGAUGAGUAUGGCGAGGUUGGGCCCUCCCACCCAGAGCUGGAGGAGCAGCUGUUCCGGGGCAACUUGAUUCCCCGCGCGGGUUCUAAGCUGGGCGACCUGAAUAGCUUCAAGGUCAACGUGGAAUCCCCAAACGAGAUUAAAGCUGUGGUUGACUGGAAGGACUUUGGCCUGCACCCCGUGAUGCUUCAAAACAUUGCGCUGUGUCAGUACGAUCGGCCUACCGCAAUUCAGUCCUACGCAAUCCCCGCGGUGCUCUCCAACCAGGAUCUCAUUGCGGUGGCCCAGACUGGUAAGCCUCGAGCUGAACUUCAUGAACCCCGGAUACUAAUCGACGUAGGCUCGGGAAAAACUGGCGCAUUCCUCAUCCCCAUUCUGUCCAAGCUCAUGGGAAAAGCGAAGAGGCUUGCGGCUCCUCGCCCUAACAUCACUCAGGGAUUCGACUUUGCUAGAGAUGCAGUUCGCGCUGAACCUCUGGUGUUGGUUGUUUGCCCUACCCGGGAACUGGCAACCCAGAUAUUUGACGAUGCUCGUCGUCUGUGCUAUCGAUCCAUGCUCCGUCCAUGUGUUGUCUAUGGCGGCGCUCCUACUCGAGCUCAGCGGGAGGAGUUACAGAAAGGCUGUGAUAUCCUCAUAGCUACUCCUGGUCGCCUUCUCGACUUUAUGGAACAGACUCAUGUUCUGUCUCUUCGGCGCGUUCGGUAUACUAUAUCGCGGAUCACACCACGGGCCUUGAAACUGACUUCAUACAGAUACACUGUCGUUGACGAAGCAGAUGAGAUGCUGGAUUCUGACUGGGAAGACGAAUUCAAGCGUAUCAUGUCUGGCGGAGAUCUUAACGAGGAUGGAGAUCAUCGUUACAUGAUGUUUUCUGCCACAUUCAACAAGGAAUUCCGCAAACUCGCCAAGGAUUACCUUUCCGAUGACCACGUGCGUCUUCGUGUUGGCCGGGCUGGCAGCUCGCACCGUAAUGUGGUGCAAGACAUUGUCUGGGCCGAUCAGCACCAAAAGAUGAAGGCUCUCUAUGACCUGCUGAUUAGCAUGCCGCCUGUUCGCACCUUGGUCUUUGUGAACAGCAAGGACCAGGUUGAUUUCGUUGACGACUAUUUGUACAACUCCUCCAUGCCUUCUACCUCCAUCCACAGCGGACGGACUCAGCUUGAGCGUGAGGAUGCCAUUCGUUCUUUCCGCAGUGCCAAAUGUCCCAUUAUGGUUGCCACCGGUGUCACUGCUCGUGGAUUGGAUGUCAUCAACGUUCUACAUGUGGUGAACUUCGAUCUUCCCAGUACCUUGCAUGGUGGAAUCACCGAGUACAUUCAUCGAAUCGGCCGCACUGCUCGUAUCGGUAAUGAAGGAAUCGCUACUUCAUUCUACAAUGAGCGCAAUGAGGAGCUUGCCCCAGACCUGGUCAAGAUUCUUAUGGAAUGCAAGCAGAACAUUCCGGACUUCUUGGAGUCUUUCCGCCCUGAGAACGACGAGCUCGUUUUUGAUGACAACUCCGAGGACGAGUUCUUUGACAAGCCUGAAGAAGAUACCGGGUUUGGCUCCGAUGCUGGCGGUGGGGCUGAGGCCGGCGAUGAGGCUGGUGCUGAGCCAGUUGAGGCGGAAGGAGAGAACCAGCCCCUCGCUGAGUCUGAGCAAGAUCCAUUUGUGGAUUCCAAGAAGGCUAAACCAUCAAAGAAUAAGGUGGAUGAUUGGGAUGACAUGGAGGUCGAGUCUCGUCCCUCUAAGGGCGGACUCAGUGGGUCGUCCUGGGCCUCCAAGGCUCCCAAGGCAUCGGCCACCACGGAUUUUUGGGACUCCGCGCCCAAGAAGGCCGAUCAAAGCUGGUAG